UACUGCCUGAUAUCUCUUUCACUCGCUCAGCUGUGUUUAUUGAUUUAAUUUAAAUGACCUUGCGCCAACCGUGUCGUCAUUCUUCAAGUCAGAAAAAUAUGUAACAUUUUCAAUUGAUCCCGUCAGUGAAAUGUUCUCGCUCCGUGGUGAUCCACUGAAAAACCUCUCCCAGGGAGUUUAUCAUCUUAUCUCGAAGUGUCAAUAGUUUACUUUUGCGCCGGGAGAUUCUAGUACAGUGAUUAGGAGGAGCAAAUAGAAGAGACCGGUUGUUCAGUGACUGAGGCAAAAUAUUAAAAGAGUGUGCGUGAGGGCAGUGAGAUAAAAUACUCUCUGACUACCAAGUGGAAAAGAAAAUGUUGAGUGUCAGUCGUAUUGUGAAAUUCGUAGUGAAACCAGGGAUUGGUACUGCUCUGCAAUAUUCAAGGAAUAUGAGUCUUUUGCUGAACAAGGGUUUGAUCAAUGGCGAGUGGGUGGAGGCAAUGAACAAGAAAAAGUUCAAUGUGCUCAAUCCAGCCAGUGGAGAGACUGUGGGAUCAGUUCCUGAUAUGGGAGUAGAAGACACUAAUUCAGCCAUUCAGGCAGCCUAUGACCGCUUUCAGUCUGCAGAAUGGCAAAAUUUAACGGCUAAGGAACGCUCUGGACUUUUAAAGAAAUGGUACCAGUUGCUGAAUGAAAAUAACGAAAAAAUCGCCCAGAUAAUGACCUCUGAAUCUGGGAAGCCCCUGAUUGAGGCACGUGGAGAGUGUGUCUAUGGAAAUUCCUUUGUGGAAUGGUUUGCUGAGGAAACUCGUCGCAUUUAUGGAGAAAUCAUUCCUCCACCUUUUCCCAAUCGUCAGAUGAUGCUGACCAAGCAGCCAAUUGGGGUGGCUGCCCUUAUAACUCCCUGGAAUUUUCCACAUGCCAUGAUUACACGAAAAGCAGCAGCGGCCCUGGCGGCUGGGUGUACUGUGGUGAUUAAGCCAGCCGAAGAUACUCCGUUGACUGCUCUGGCAAUUGCAAAAUUGGCUGAAGAUGCUGGAUUCCCAAGGGGAGCGAUAAAUGUGGUGACUUGCAGUCGACAAAAUGCCGCUGCAGUUGGUGAGGUACUCUGCAAGAGUCAAAAUGUUGCAGGAGUAUCCUUUACGGGGUCCACGGCUGUCGGGAAAAUCCUGUACAGUCACUGUGCUCAUGGAAUUAAGAGGCUUGGACUGGAAUUGGGAGGAAAUGCUCCAUUUAUUGUCUUCAACUCUGCGAGUGUUGACAAAGCUGUAGCUGGAGCAAUGGCUUGCAAAUUCAGAAAUUGUGGUCAAACCUGCAUUUCUGCCAAUAGAUUUUUGGUUCAGGAAGGUAUUUUCCCUGCCUUUGUGGAUAAAUUGAAGGCAGUAGUGGAGAAAUUGGUGAUUGGAGAUGGCAAAAAGGAUGGUGUAAAUUUGGGGCCAUUGAUCAAUGAAGCCCAGUUUAAGAAAGUAUCGGAAAUUGUGGAGGAUGCCAAGAGCAAGGGUGCCACGGUAUUACUGGGUGGCAGGGCUAAGAGUGAUGUGGGAAAACUCUUUUUUGAGCCCACAAUCAUAACUGAUAUUACGCCCAACAUGAGAAUGUACAAUGAAGAGAUUUUUGGGCCAGUAGUUUCCCUGAUUAAGUUCAAUACUGAAGAAGAAGCCCUGACUGUGGCCAAUAAUACCAACAGUGGGCUUGCAGGAUAUUUCUACAGUGAAGAUGUCAGUCAGAUCUUCAGGGUGGCCAAGAAGAUUGAGACUGGAAUGGUGGGAAUCAAUGAAAGUGCAAUUUCCUGCACUGAAGCCGCCUUUGGGGGCAUUAAGGAGUCAGGAUUGGGACGUGAGGGGUCUCGACAUGGCAUUGACGAAUUUGUAUACACCAAAUAUCUGUGCCUGGGGAAUUUGAAUUAAUUUCCAGCAACGCUCAGCCUGCUGAAGUCUUCCAAAAAUGUUAUUAUCAGAGUUGUUAGAGGCACAAUAAAAUACUCUUGAAGAGAGA